CUUCGUCAACAGUUUCAAGAGAUUAGUGUACUCUUAUUUACGACGUUGUUAUGGCUAGCUCUGGACAGCUCCUUAAGCUUGCAUGCUUGGUGGUGGUGAUGUUCUGCAUGGUGGCUUGUGUCCCCAAGGCCGAGGCAGCUGUGACAUGCGGUCAGAUGGUGAGUGACCUGACUCCAUGCAUUUCCUACGUGAAGACCGGCGGGGCAUUGGCCCCCGCUUGUUGCAACGGGGUCAGGACCCUCUUCACCCUGGCUCAAACCAACCCUGACCGCCAAAGUGUCUGCAACUGCUUGAAGCAAGCAAUCAAUGGCAUCCCUUACACCAAUACCAACGCUGGCCUUGCUGCUGGCCUUCCUGCCAAGUGUAGUGUCAACAUUCCGUACAAGAUCAGCCCCUCUACAGACUGCAAAAGUGUGAAGUGAUCAGAGCUUUGUGAAGAAAGACCAGCAGCUUAAUUUCUUAUAUCUAUAUAUAUAAAGCCAGAAGGCAAAAACGGUGAAACAUUCAUAAAUCCAAAAUUAACCCUUUAAUCUAUAUAUAUAAAGCCAGGCAAAAACGGUGAAACAUUCAUAAAUCCAAAAUUAACCCUUUAAUUACAGUUAUGAGAAAAACAAAAAAUAUAAAAAAAAAAAAAGGGAUAAAAUGGUAAAAACGUGGGGUAGGAGAGAAAAACAAAGGACACAAAUUAGACGUGCAGAGAGUGGGAAACUGUAUUUGAAACAGUUGUUGUAGUAGUCCCACUCCAACUUCCCCGUCCUUGCGCUCCAACUUCUUCCCGUUCCUCCUCCACUCUCUCUCUAUGGGUCUUACUCCUCCAUACAAAAACCGAAUCGUUGCCUAAAGUAAUGGAGUCCAUCCCAUCGUCGCCAAAUCCCAUCAUCUUCUCUAACCAGUAGUUAUGUUGGAGAGACCUCGACGUUGCUGCGAAGGUACCGCAAUGGGUGCCAUCAUCCUUUAUUUCCAAUCUGGUCUCGAGAUCGGUAAUCGCCAAUUAAUUUUUGAAUUUUUUCUUGAUAAUUGUCAAAUUAGCUCGAAAUUACCAUGAAGAUCCAAUUAAUUUCUGAAUUCUUCCUUGAUAAUUGUCGAAUUAAUUUGAACUUGCCUAGAGAGAGGAAGAAGAUGAAGAUAGUGACGUACAACAUGAACGGGCUCAAAUUGCUGAAUUUAUAGGAUCGGCUUACAGGAAACCAAACUGAGUGGCGGGAAUUGACCGCCGCCCUGGUCAUGGCAAAAGGCUACAAGUCAUUCUCCUAUAGCCGCACCUCUGAAAGAGGUUGUACCGGGCACUCUAGGUAAGUGUUUGUUGAAAUGCCUCAACCACCCACACCACACUCUUCAAAUGUUGCACCUUUAGUUUCAAAUUUUGAUUCUUUUUUUUUUGCAUAAAAUGUGGUUUGGUCCAACGU